AUGGAAAUCCCAGAAAUCCCAUGGAAAUCCCGGCAAUCCCAUGGAAAUCCCAGAAAUCCCAUGGAAAUCCCGGCAAUCCCAUGGAAAUCCCGAAAAUUCCAUGGAAAUCCCGGAAAUCCCGGAAAUCCCAGGAAAUCCCGGAAAUCCGAAAUCCGCCGUUUCCCCCUUGAUUAUUGGUCUAAACUUAGUCAAUUCUUAACCAAUCUAUCAUAUGAUGGCGCAACAAAUCUAUUUCAACUAGCUACAGUUCCAGCUGUGGUUCCAAAUAUGACGCAUUAUUUUUUAUUUAGCGACUAUCUUUCAACAAUUGGUAAUGAUGAUCCAACAAAAUUCGAUCAGUUGAUAACAAAACCAAUUUGGAUAUUUAAUGCAAAUUUCUCACAUGAACCAACCAAUUUUUCGUUGAUUAAACAUUUAACUAAUCUUAGUGGUGGUGGCUAUAUUGCACGUGAGGAAAUUGUAAAUGAAAAUAAUGUAAACGAUAUCAUUCAAUGGAUUGAUAGACCACAAUCAAGAUAUAUCAGUGCAGAUAUUAUCAAUAACGCCUCUGUUCAUGAUAUUUAUCCAAGUCAUUCAAUUAUGUUAACAACAAAUACAGAACGGUUUAUACUCGUCGGAAAAAUGUCAUCAUCGGUUCCGGCGAACAUUGCAAUCAACUUUAUCAUCUCGAAUCAGAUGCAUCGUAAGGAAUUUAUGAUAGAUAAAGCGGAUCCAACAUCUGAAAACUAUAGUUUAUUACGUCGAUUAUAUGCACAACAAAUGUUAGCUGAAUUAACUGCAUUUCCAGAAAAAAAUAAGAAACGUAUCAUAGAUAUUGGUAUGAAAUAUUUAAUCGUAAGUGAUUUUACAUCCAUGCUUAUCCUAGAAACAUUGCAAUAA